UUAGACUACACCCUCUCCAUACCAACAACGGCAACAACGGCAAACCAUCGCCGACUAUCACCACCAGACUUAUCAUCGAUCAAUCGUCAAUUUAGAAAUGCCGGCCUACCACUCCGCCUUUCUCCAGGACACGGAUGUCCGUGUCAUCGGUAACUUCACCCUCCUCCCCCUCCGCACCCGCACCCGCGGGCCAGCAUACACUCUAUCUCCGCUCCCGGCCAACAUAACCAACGACCUGGACAUCGACCCGGACGGCGAGCACUAUGACAUCCUAGACGAGACGAUAACCCUCUUCCGCGCCAACACCCUCUUCCGCAACUUCGAGAUCAAGGGCCCCGCCGACCGUGUCCUCAUCUACGGCAUCCUCUUCGUCUCGGAUUGCCUGAGCAGGAUCAAACCCAGUAUGAGCUUGCGGGAUUCCGAAAAGGCGCUGCAGACGGCCGCGCUGGACCACUUCGCACUCCCGGGCGAUCCCGCGUUCCCGCUCAACGCUUUGUACCAGCCACCCAGGGACAGGAUGGAGGCUGAGGCGCUUAGGGGAUAUAUCAGCCAGAUGAGGCAGGAACUGGUUAUCAGGCUGUUGAACAGGGUAUAUGCGGACGGGAGUGGGAAGCCGAGUAAGUGGUGGUUGAGCUUCACAAAGAGGCGUUUUAUGGGAAAGAAUCUGUGAAUGCACAAUACACGGUUGGGUGGGGUGAUCAAGGACUUAUUCAUUUAGACGAAUUGGGCGUGUGUGGGGCAGAAUGCAGUAUAUCACUUAGUCAAUCAGUGGGAUACCCGUAUCGUGCCGUGCACAUGCCUAUAGUACGCUGUCGGCCACCAAAAAUCCCUUCAAAAGGACAUUUCAUUCAGAUAGAAACGCCAUCCCCGAGAAACAAAAAAGUUCUUCAUGAUCCUA